UGGGGGAGGGGUGAGCCGGUUAGUAGAGCGAAAAGGCUGUGGGUUUCUGUUCGCGGAGUACCCGGCAGAGGUGGUCGCAGGAGGCGGGGAGAGAUUGUCAGAUUGGCAGUGAUUGGAUUUCCCCUUCGAAGCUAUGUCCACCCCAGACCCUCCUAUGGGGGGCACCCCCCGGCCUGUCCCCUCUCCCGGGCCAGGACCUUCUCCUGGUUCUAUGCUUGGUCCCAGCCCAGGGCCCUCACCAGGAUCUGCGCACAGCAUGAUGGGACCGAGCCCUGGACCACCCAUCCCUCCACAGGGACCAUCUGGUUACCCACCUGAAAGCAUGCACCAGAUGCACAAGCCGAUGGAUUCCAUGCACGAAAAAGCUAUGUCUGAAGACUCUCGUUACAAUCAGAUGAAGGGAAUGGGUAUGAGACCUGGGGGCCACUCUGGAAUGGGGCCACCACCAAGCCCCAUGGACCAACACUCACAAGGUUACCCAUCACCUCUCGGAAGCUCUGAACACGUGCCGAGCCCCGUCCCCUCGAAUGGCCCUCCGUCUGGACCCCCGCUUCCUUCUGGAUCAGGACCGGUGAACAUGGAGAAUUCUGACCCCCAGCAGCAGCAGCAGCAGCCGCAGCAGCCGGCAAAUCGCACUCCUACACCCUUCAAUCAGAAUCAGCUGCAUCAGUUACGGGCGCAGAUCAUGGCCUACAAGAUGCUGGCCCGAGGUCAGCCCUUACCCGAUCACCUUCAGAUGGCUGUGCAGGGCAAGAGACCCAUGCCGGGCAUGCAGCAGCAGAUGCCAACGCUACCUCCACCCGCAGCUUCUGGGGCUGGAACAGUACCCACCCCGGGGCAAGGACCUGGGCCGGGGCCCACACCACCCAAUUACAACCGACCUCAUGGUAUGGCCGGGCCUGCCAUGCCUCCUCCGGGGCCGUCUGGCGCCCCUCCUGGUAUGCCUGGUCAUCCUCCUGGUGCUCCUGCUAAACCCUGGCCUGAAGUUCCCAUGGCCAACGCUGCAGCUCCGGCCACCGCUCCGCAGAAGCUGAUUCCUCCGCAGCCUACGGGUCGGCCCUCUCCUGCUCCGCCUGCCGUGCCCCCCGCUGCGUCUCCGGUCAUGCCGCCCCAGACGCAGUCCCCCGGCCAGCCGGCGCAGCCUCCUCCAAUGGUCCAGUUCCACUCCAAGGCCAACCGAAUAACCCCCAUUCAGAAACCUCGUGGCCUGGAUCCCGUGGAGGUGCUGCAGGAACGGGAAUACAGGCUCCAGGCAAGAAUUGCACAUCGGAUCCAGGAGCUGGAGAACCUGCCGGGGUCUCUGGCUGGAGAUCUGAGGACCAAAGCCACGAUAGAGCUAAAAGCGCUGAGGCUUCUUAACUUCCAGAGACAACUGAGACAGGAGGUGGUGGUCUGCAUGAGACGGGACACCUCUCUGGAGACCGCGCUCAACGCCAAGGCCUACAAGCGCAGCAAGCGGCAGUCCUUGAGAGAGGCGCGGAUCACGGAGAAACUGGAGAAACAGCAGAAAGUGGAGCAAGAACGCAAGAGACGCCAGAAGCACCAGGAAUAUCUAAACAGCAUUCUCCAGCACGCCAAGGAUUUCAAGGAAUUCCACCGUUCGGUCACUGGAAAGAUCCAGAAACUGACAAAGGCCGUGGCCACGUACCACGCCAACACGGAACGGGAACAGAAGAAAGAGAAUGAGAGGAUCGAGAAGGAGAGAAUGCGCAGGCUCAUGGCGGAAGAUGAGGAAGGCUACAGGAAGCUCAUCGACCAAAAGAAAGACAAGCGUCUGGCGUACCUCUUGCAGCAGACGGACGAGUACGUCGCCAACCUGACCGAGCUGGUUAGGCAACACAAAGCCGUUCAGGCGCUGAAGGAGAAGAAGAGACGAAAAAAGAAAAAGUUGCCAGACAAUGCCGACGGGCAGCAGCCUUCACUCGGACCGGACGGAGAGCCUUUGGAUGAGACCAGUCAGAUGAGCGAUCUUCCGGUGAAGGUCAUCCACGUGGAGAGUGGGAAGAUUCUUACAGGUGCUGAUGCGCCAAAGGCCGGGCAGCUAGAAACCUGGCUGGAGGUCAACCCUGGGUAUGAAGUAGCUCCGAGAUCCGACAGCGAGGAGAGUGAAUCGGAUGAGGAGGAGGAGGAAGAAGAAGAAGAGCAGCCGCAGGUUGCUAAUCUCCCCGCAGUGGAGGAGAAGAAGAUUCCCGACCCAGACAGCGAUGAAGUCUCUGAAGUGUAUGCUCGGGAAAUUAUCGAACAUGCCCGGCAGGAUGUAGAUGAUGAAUAUAGCAUAUCGCAGGCAGCGGCCAGAGGUCUCCAGUCGUACUACGCCGUGGCGCAUGCCGUGAGCGAGAAGGUUGAGAAGCAGUCCUCCUUGCUGGUGAAUGGUAUCCUGAAGCAUUACCAGAUUCAAGGCUUGGAAUGGUUGGUGUCUCUUUACAAUAACAACCUGAACGGCAUCCUGGCAGACGAAAUGGGUCUAGGAAAGACCAUUCAGACCAUUGCUCUGAUCACAUACCUCAUGGAGCACAAGCGGAUCAACGGGCCUUUCCUCAUCAUUGUGCCGCUCUCGACUCUUUCCAACUGGGUUUAUGAGUUCGAUAAAUGGGGGCCAUCGGUGGUGAAAGUUUCUUACAAGGGCUCUCCAGCGGCCCGUCGAGCCUUCGUGCCCCAGCUCCGCAGUGGAAAGUUCAACGUGCUGCUCACUACGUACGAAUACAUUAUUAAGGACAAGCAUAUCCUCGCCAAGAUCCGGUGGAAAUACAUGAUCGUAGAUGAAGGCCAUCGUAUGAAGAACCAUCACUGCAAGCUCACGCAAGUCCUAAACACCCACUACGUGGCUCCCCGGCGGCUGCUUCUGACGGGGACCCCGCUGCAGAACAAGCUGCCCGAGCUGUGGGCCCUGCUCAACUUUCUGCUUCCGACGAUCUUCAAGAGCUGCAGCACUUUCGAGCAGUGGUUCAACGCCCCCUUCGCGAUGACCGGCGAGAAGGUGGAUCUGAAUGAAGAAGAAACUAUUCUGAUCAUUCGGCGUCUCCAUAAGGUCCUGCGCCCUUUCCUCCUACGAAGGCUUAAAAAGGAGGUGGAGGCUCAGCUGCCGGAGAAGGUGGAAUAUGUCAUUAAAUGCGACAUGUCGUCGUUACAGAGAGUCUUGUACCGACACAUGCAAGCCAAGGGGGUCCUCCUUACAGACGGCUCCGAGAAGGAUAAAAAGGGUAAAGGUGGAACCAAGACCCUUAUGAACACUAUCAUGCAGCUGAGGAAAAUCUGCAACCAUCCAUACAUGUUCCAGCACAUAGAGGAGUCUUUCUCUGAACACUUGGGACACAGUGGAGGCAUCGUACAAGGGUUGGAUCUCUACCGCGCAUCGGGAAAAUUCGAGCUUCUGGACCGGAUCCUUCCCAAGUUACGAGCCACCAACCACAAGGUCCUGCUCUUCUGCCAGAUGACCACUCUCAUGACCAUAAUGGAAGAUUAUUUUGCUUAUCGUGGAUUUAAAUACCUCAGGUUGGAUGGGACCACAAAAGCAGAGGACCGUGGGAUGCUCCUGAAGACGUUCAACGAGCCGGCGUCGGAGUAUUUUAUCUUCCUCCUCAGCACCCGCGCCGGGGGUUUGGGCCUUAACUUGCAAUCUGCGGAUACCGUCGUCAUAUUCGAUAGCGACUGGAACCCGCACCAGGAUCUUCAGGCUCAGGACCGCGCUCACCGCAUCGGGCAGCAGAACGAGGUGCGCGUGCUGCGCCUGUGCACGGUGAACAGCGUGGAGGAGAAGAUCCUGGCGGCGGCCAAGUACAAACUGAACGUGGACCAGAAGGUCAUUCAGGCAGGGAUGUUUGACCAGAAGUCCUCCAGCCACGAGAGGAAGGCGUUCCUGCAGGCCAUUCUGGAGCACGAGGAGCAGGACGAGGAGGAGGACGAGGUGCCGGACGACGAAACCGUGAACCAGAUGAUCGCCAGAAACGAAGAAGAGUUUGAUCUGUUCAUGCGUAUGGACUUGGACAGACGGAGAGAGGAGGCACGGAACCCAAAACGCAAGCCCCGGUUGAUGGAGGAGGAUGAGCUGCCCUCCUGGAUCAUUAAAGAUGACGCGGAGGUCGAGCGCUUAACCUGUGAAGAGGAAGAGGAGAAGAUGUUUGGACGCGGGUCCCGGAGUCGCAAGGAGGUGGAUUACAGCGACUCCCUCACAGAAAAACAGUGGCUGAAGGCCAUCGAAGAAGGAACGUUAGAAGAGAUCGAAGAGGAAGUCCGCCAGAAGAAAACCACUCGCAAAAGGAAGAGGGAUGUGGACCCGAGCGUGGGAACCCCGACCACGAGUUCCCGUAACAGGGAACGGGACGACGAAGGCAAAAAACAGAAGAAGAGAGGGCGUCCCCCGGCCGAAAAGCUGUCCCCCAACCCUCCAAACCUGACCAAGAAGAUGAAGAAGAUCGUGGAUGCUGUUAUCAAGUACAAAGACAGUACCUCCAGCCGCCAGCUUAGCGAGGUCUUCAUCCAGCUGCCGUCUCGGAAAGAGCUUCCGGAGUACUACGAGUUGAUCCGUAAGCCGGUGGACUUCCGGAAGAUCAAGGAGAGGAUUCGAAAUCACAAGUACCGGAGUCUGAACGACCUGGAGAAGGAUGUCAUGCUGCUGUGUCAGAACGCGCAGACCUUUAACCUCGAGGGGUCCCUGAUCUACGAAGACUCCAUUGUCUUGCAGUCGGUCUUCACCAGUGUCAGGCAGAAGAUAGAGAAGGAGGAGGAAAGUGAGGGAGAGGAGAGCGAAGAGGAGGAGGAUGUGGAAGAGGAAGGCUCAGAGUCUGAAUCUCGCUCCGUCAAGGUGAAGAUAAAGCUGGGCCGUAAAGAGAAGGUACAGGAGCGGACGAAGGGCCGCCGGAGGGCCAGCCGGGGCUGCCGAGCGAAGCCGGUGGUUAGUGACGAUGACACAGAAGAGGAUCAGGAGGAGGAGCGCUCGGCAAGCGGAAGCGAAGAAGACUGAGGACGUCCUCGGAACAUUCCUUUUUUUGGGGGGGACCUUUCCACGUGCAUUCCAAAACUGCCACCAGAGGGCCUAUCCCAACCUCAAAACAACCCCCGUGCGCCCUCCUACCCCACCCCCACCCCCCCAUUUCCGUAGGUCACUAACGGGUAGCCAGACAUGUAGUGAAACUGUACAAAAUUAAAUUCUUCCAUAUUUAUAUGAACGAGGAGUUUUAGGGAAAUAAACGGUCGUAGCAUCUUCUUGAAAGCAUUAACUAUCUGGCCCGGCCCCUGGGCCUCUCAGGAUAGGUUUAAACGGAUUCUGACUUUUGAUGAUAUAUAUAUAUUAUUUUUUUUUAUGAUUACGGCAGUACUGUUGCAGUAUGGAUCACUGUAGUAUGGGCCGUGGAUGCAUGCAGGUAGCAAUCCACCCGUUAGUACUGUAUUUUACAAAAACAGGUCAAAAUAAACCAGCCCAGCGCCCCCCUCGCUCCCGGUGCGCCGAGAGGGGGCUGGCAGCGGUAGCUGUAUGUAUGUUUGUCAGUGUCACUGGAUUUCAAACAGUUAUAAAUUAAAACAAGAUGGGAUACCUC